AUGUUAACAUCUGUGUUGCAAAGAACUAUAGCUGCUGCCAAAUUUCCUAAAGGUGUACAAAAUGUGUUAGGCUUUGUCAUCCAUCACCUUAAAAAGAAGGCAGUGAUUUACGGUCAGACUUUCUGGAUCACUAGUUUGCAAGAUUAUAAAAAGAAAAUGAGUGAGUACCCAGAGUAUCUCUUGGAACCAAAACCUAGAUGCUUUUUUUUUUUUUUUUUUUGCAUUCCUAGCAAGAUGCUACUUUAUGAUGUGAUUAUUACUCAUGGAGCAUCAGGUGAUAUAAAUUUCUCCCGCCUUGUUUCUUUGGCAAACUACCUUGCAUCUAAUGGAUUUCUGUGUCUGUGAUUCACCUGCAAAAGCCUUAACAUCAUUCAUCGGGCUAAAGCAUAUAAAGCAGUUGAGGAAUAUUUUAGAUUGUCAGAUGACUAAAAACUUUCUGGAAUUUUUUGGGGAGAUUGUUCAAUGGGUCCUCGUGCUGCUGCUAGUGUGACACAGCAGGCUAACCAAAAUAACAAUAGCUUCAUUCUAAGCCUGGUAUUUUUGCCUUAUCCACUGCAUCAUCCAACGCUUCAAAUUAAACUCUGAAGAUUCAUUAAUUCCCCCAUCUAGUUUGUGCCUGGGACUACAGAUGUUAUAGAAAUGGUGCUCCUAAAGACACAACAGCAGAGGUCCCCAAACCAGGACAACCAAAAGACUAUGGGUAGUAAAAAAAUACUCCAUUCUUGACCUGGAUGGGAGCCACGGCACUUUAGAAGAGAUUAAACUACAACUUCCAGCAGUCAACAUGGCCAAGGAAGAGGAAGGCUGGGAGUUUUGAUAUAGUAACAUCUGGGAGGCCAUAGAUUCCUCAUAUUGCUAUUACUCAUUCUGUGUCCUUUGGGGAUUACUGUUUUACCUAAAAGCAUGGACAACCUUAGCUUGGCUGAGCCAUCUGCAUUUUUGUACCUGAAAUACUAUGACACACCCUUCAUACAGACUUGGCUAGAUCAUUUACACAGGUGGGAUUCAAUAUUCUGUAUAUAACAUGGGGAAUUAGGAACCCCAUUCCCACUGAUGCAUUAUCCAGUAUGCUGAAAAAAACAUCCAAGUGGGCAAUACACCAGAGAGCAUCUAUGUGUCUAACUAGAAAAAUAAAUCAGUAGCUUUUCCUUCCAGGGAAAUACCUUACAAUUACACACAGACCUAAAAACAAAAUAACAGAGGAGGUUGAGUUGCAUUCUAUGUUAGAGAUAAUUACAUCGCUACGGAGGUACUGUAUGUAACACCAAGGAUGAAAGCCUCCUUGAACGCAUAUGGGUUAAUAUAAAAGGAAAAAAGAAUGACAUUACUAUAAGUGUAUACUACACACCACCCAACCAAGCAGAAGAAAUAUAUAAACCUUCUGCUAAUCAGUUAAUAGAUGUAUAUAGGAAACAUACCACAGUAGUAAUGGGGAACUUUAAACUACCCUGAUACCAACUGGGAGACAAACUCUGCAUCAACUGGGAGAUCGAACAGAUUCCUGACCAAACUAGCUGACAACUAUGUCAUCGAAAAGGUAGAGGAGGGAACUAGAGCAGAAAUGUCAAACACAAGGCCCGGGGGCUGGAUGCGGCCCACGAAGUGGUUUCACGUGGCCC